GCUGAUCUUCUGGAGUUCUGCACAGGUAGUAGGUCUAAGAAAUUUGGCUCAGUGGAUAGGCAAUGGUAUUUGGGAAAAUACGCACAGCAAGAAAAUGGAAGUAGAGAACUGGAAUGGCUGGGAUGUCAGUCAGUGACCCUCCCCAGGUUAGUGAGAGUCUCGGGAUGACGCCAGAGGAUCCCGUCAUCGGCUGUUUUUAAAUGCUUGGGUCCUGCUCCCUCCCUUUUCCACUCAGCACUGAUCAUCGUCCUACUGCAAUAAUCGCAGUACUUCCCCCACCGGUCAUCCCACCUCCCCGACAAUUUCUUUCUUUUCAUUGGCGUAGCAUCAUCAACAUCCCAUCUUUGAUGUGGCCUCCUCUACCAUGCCUGCUGCAGCCCACUGUGUCGGUGUCCAAUGAAGUGACCGCUUUGCAUGAAUCUCCAUCCUGUCACUUGUUCCAUCUUGUCUCCAUCUUCGCUUCCAACCUAACGGUGACUAAAAUAAGGAACUUACCCGUAGUCGUUUUCAUCAUCAGGACUAGUUCUGCAACUGCUCGGGUUCUCAGAUUAUACCUGACCAUCAAUGAACUGUUUCCCAUAUACAAGAGAAAAUCAAAUAGAAAGGUUAAGGAAAAUGAAAGGGGGGAAAAGGUGCCUUACCUCCUAUAGGUACCAUACUGUAUCGUUCUUCGUUAUUAUUUGAUCUGUUUAUCGCUUGCCCGCCAACCCAACCCACUUUCUCCCCUCCUUUCUCUCUCUGCCCCUCCACUUUCUGGUUCCUCUUUGACGGCGCGCCUAAUCGAACUGUAAAGGAAAUAAAAAAAAAUGCAAAAAAAAGCUGAGGGGAGAAAAAAAAAGUAGCAAAACAAAACA